AAUUUUGUCUAUACCGUGGUGCAUUGCAAAAUUAAUUGCCCAAUCACCAGCUGGCAAACAACUAAAGCGGAAUAAAGGAAAACAAACUCUAAUUAGCGUCUUGAAAAGAACCUUGCAAAGGUGAAAGGCGAGCACGUUGAUCAUCGGUCAAAUCAAAAUACAGUCAACAUGGCUCAGACUCCUGCUAACUUGAAGCUAAAGAUACUUGCCUUUGUUGGCUCUGUUCGUGAUGGCAGAAUGGCAGACAGAAUUGUGAAGUUAGUGAAAGAUUUCUACAGCGAGCAAUCUGAUGGCCACACUGUGGAAAUAAUUGACCCUGAAGAACUUGGGCUGCCAGUUCUUAAACAGCCAAUGCAUUUCUACAGAGAUCAAUCAAAGAUCCCUGAAGUGCUGCACAAGGUCAACAAGAAGAUUCAAGAGGCUGAUGCUUUCAUGAUAAUAUCUGCAGAAUACAACCGUACCAUUCCACCAGCACUGACAAACACCUUGGAUCAUUUCCCACCUCCAAGCUUUGAGUUCAAGCCUUCGGCUAUGGUUACCUAUUCAAUGGGGCAGCAAGGUGGUAUAUCUGCAUGCAUGGCACUUCGACCAUUUUUAAGUGAAUUAGGGUGCCUUCCAGUCAAACACAUGGUUAAUAUCCCACAGGUGCACCAGCAAGUGACAGAGGAUGGCAAAACUGAAAAUGCCCACAUAACAAGCUCUUUGAAGAAGUCUUAUGCUGAGUUGACAUGGCAUGGCAAAUCUAUGAAAUACAUGAGAGAUGUUGUUGGUGUUCCUAAAUGAUAGACUCUUGGUGAAUUCCAUUUUUAACCAUGCAUUUUUCACUGGAUUAAGAUGAAAUUAUCACGAUCGAUACGUUUUUCUAAUUUUUACUUUAAGAAAAUUGCUUACAAAUACUUUCAAAAGAU